CAUGUGACCUUUGAGGAUGUGGCUAUCUACUUCUCUUGGGAGGAGUGGAGGCUGCUUGAUGAAGCUCAGAGGUGCCUCUACCACAGUGUGAUGCUGGAGAACUUUUCGCUUUUGGCCUCUCUGGGACUUGCAUCUUCCAGGACCCAUGAAAUUACCCAACUGGAAGCAUGGGGAGAGUCAUUCAUGCCCGCCCAGAGAGUCAUGACUCCAGCUGUGCCAAGAGGUUGUUGGCACGGAGUGGAGGCUGAGGAGGCACCUUUUGAUCAAGGAGCUUCUGUAGGAGUGCUGCAUGCACAUGUCUACCAACAUCAGAAGCUGUACUGUGGAGAGAAAUCUUUAAAAAGAGAAGAGGACAGGGUCCCAGUUUUGAGGAGCUGCAGAGUUCACCUGUCAGAGAAGCCCUUCCAAAGUGGAGAGGGUGGGAAGGACUUCCUGACCAGCUCGUGUCUUCUCCAGUACCAGGUGACUCACAGUGGUGGGGAGCCGCACAGGAGCACUGACAGUGGGGAGGCCUUUCAUUCUAGGAAAAGACAUUAUAAAUGCACUGAAUGUGGGAAAGCCUUUGGUCAGAAAUAUUUACUUGUUCAGCACCAGAGACUACACACUGGAGAAAAGCCUUAUGAAUGCAGUGAAUGUGGGAAAUUAUUUAGCCAUAAAUCCAACCUUUUUAUACACCAAAUUGUUCACACUGGAGAAAGGCCUUAUGGGUGUAGUGAAUGUGGGAAAUCCUUUAGCCGCAAUGCUGACCUCAUUCAACACCGGAGAGUUCACACUGGAGAAAAGCCUUUUACAUGCAGUGAAUGUGGAAAAGCAUUCAGGCAUAAUUCCACACUUGUUCAGCAUCACAGAAUCCACACUGGAGUAAAGCCUUAUGAGUGCAGUGAAUGUGGGAAAUUCUUUAGCUUUAACUCCAGCCUAAUGAAACAUCAGAGAGUUCACACUGGAGAGAGACCUUAUAAGUGCAGUGAAUGUGGGAAAUUCUAUAGCCACAAGUCCAGCCUUAUUAAUCAUUGGCGAGUACACACUGGAGAACGGCCUUAUGAGUGCAGUGAAUGUGGCAAAUAUUUUAGCCAAAGCUCUAGCCUCAUGCAGCACCGAAAAGUUCACACUGGAGAAAAACCUUUUAAGUGCAAUGAAUGUGGGAGAUUCUUUAGUGAGAACUCGAGCCUUGUUAAACAUCAGAGGGUUCACACAGGAGCAAGGCCUUAUGAGUGCAAAGAAUGUGGUAAAUUUUUUCGUCACAGCUCCAGUCUUGUUAAACAUCGAAGGAUUCACACUGGAGAACAGCCUUAUGAGUGCAGCAAUUGCGGGAAAUCCUUUAGCCAACGGUUCAAACUCAUUCAACACCAGAGAGUUCACACUGAAAAAAAAGUCUUGAAUUCAGCAAGUGUGGGAAAGUGUUUAGACACACCUCAACCUCAUUCAAUAAUGUAGGUUUUACAGAGCUGAGACACUGUAAGAAUACAUUGAAUAUGGAAAAGCCUUGAAUUAAAGUUCUGCUCUGAUUCAGCAACAGAAUCUUCACAACCUAGAUGGGCCUUAUGAAUGCAGUGAAUGUGGAGAAAGGCUUCAGCCUAACCUUGUUCAGCAUGAGAAAGUUCAAACUGGUGAAAGGCCUUAAGAGGGCAGGGUAUGUGCUGUUUCUUAGUCAAUAUAACCUGACAGAGAGAAACUGUGAGAGUAGCCUUUAUGAGGAAGCCAGAAAUUGAAUAUUAUUCAUCCAAAGAUGUACACUGGGGGCAGGAUGAGAAUUCUUGACA